UCCCGGCACGUGCGCCAUCUUUACCGACAACCAGGCUGCCAUCCAAGCGAUCCAGAAACCCGAGACCCGUCAGGCCAGUACAUUCUGGCUGACGCAAUCCAGCUACUGGACGAGCUCUGUGCUCUAGGAUGGGAAAUCCAAUUCCGCGGCGGAACCCACCCCCGAGAUGCUAGAGGAUAGCAGCCUACAAACGCUCAUGGCGACCACAAAGUACACCAUCCGCAGUGGAUCAAGGCGUGGGAAAAGGCCAAGCACGGAAGACUGCUGUUCAAGCUCGGAGUCCGACCGGGAAAAGACGUGCUCACUGUACAUAUUGGCACACACAGAGCGAUUAGCUCUGUCAUCACACAGAUGCGCACAGGCAAGAUCAGCCUGCGGGCAUACCUUUAUGCCACCAACAAGGCCAACGACGACAAGUGCCCAUGUGGGUACGGACUGCAGACGGUGCGACAUAUCCUGCUCGAAUGCAGAGACUGGACGGACGAACGACAACAGAUGUGGGCAGGCAAAUCUCCAUGCGUUGACAUCAAACGGGUUCUCUGCAGCUCGUCAAUGGCAGUCCAAGCAGCAAAAAUGAUGUUAAGGACGGGCCUGCUCGGUCAAUUCCGGGCGGUC